UGGGAUUUAAUUCAUUUAAUGUGUUAUAAGCUUACUUUCCAGGGUAAAAACAUGGAAUAAAUAUAGCAUGCGUAAAUGUCUAAACAUUCAUUGCCAAUUACCUACCAACAAGUAAUGAAUUCAUGGCUUCUUGUGCAUGCAUAAUACAGGACUUUUUAAAAGUGUUUGAUAAGCUACUUACAAAUAGUGGAUCAACAGCGUGUACAGGCUUAAUUGGGCCAUUAUACAGUAAAUGUACUCCUAACAGCUGUAUUGCUUAGUGUACAGUGAGGUAUUGUUACUACAAAUAAUGUUUAGUCAGCACAGGUCAGGUCCACACUGCAUAUAAAGCACCAAAGUCUAGUUAGAGGGCAGUUUAGGACUCUGUAUAACUGUAUCCAUUUGUUAGAUAAUCUCUCUUCAUACAACUGUCAACCAUAUCAAGAUAAAAGUAAAACUUCAGAAGUUUGUUCAAAGGUGAUUAAUUGUGAUAUUAUUUGUAUCUUUUUUCCUGAAUCAGUUAUUUUAAGAAAUUUGAAUACUGCGGCUACUCUCCUAAUGUGCGAAGUUGCAAGCCAAACACUGACGGAAUUUCAACAUUUGAGAAUCUUCUUGCGAACAUCAUCCUUCGUGUUUUUGUGUGGGUGGUGGCCUUCAUCAUCUGCUUCGGCAACAUCUUUGUGAUCUGCCUGAGGUCUUGCAUUGCAUCUGAAAACCAGCACCACACCAUGGCCAUCAUAUCACUGUGCUGUGCUGACUGCCUCAUGGGAGUCUACCUGUUCUUCAUCGGUGCGUUUGACAUCAAGUACUGUGGAGAGUACAACAGACACGCCCAGCUGUGGAUGGAGAGCCUGCAGUGCCAGUUGAUUGGCUGUCUGGCCAUGCUGUCCACUGAGGUGUCAGUCAUGCUUCUGACCUACAUGACUCUGGAGAAGUACCUGUGCAUUGUGUUCCCCUUCCACAACUACAGAGCCGGACGUAAACAGACGCUCUGCUAUCUCAUCUUCAUCUGGGUCCUGGGCUUCAUUAUUGCCGUCAUUCCCUUAUGGGACAAGCAGACGUUCGGGAAUUACUAUGGCAGGAAUGGAGUGUGUUUUCCACUUCACUCAGACGAGAUGGAGAAACCAGGGGCCCGAUGCUACUCCACUGGAAUAUUUCUGGGGUUGAAUCUCUUUGCAUUCAUCAUGAUUGUCUUCUCCUACACCAGCAUGUUUUACUCUGUACAGAAAACAGCCAAGACAGCAAGACAGUCUGUCUACAACAAGGAGGUCUCUAUAGCCAAGAGGUUUUUCUUCAUUGUUUUCACAGAUGCCAUGUGUUGGACACCUAUAUUCAUCCUAAAGAUCCUCUCCCUUUUACGAGUGGAAAUAGCAGGAACGAUCGUUCUAUGGGUGGUGAUCUUCAUCCUGCCCAUCAAUAGUGCCCUAAACCCCAUUCUGUACACCAUCACUGCCAGCUCCUUCCAGGACAAACUCAAACUCUGCUUGAAGGCCAAGUGCAAACAGGCUGAGCUCAGAGAAACGUCCCAAAAAGUAUCUGAAGCCUAUCAGAACCCCAGCGCUCCCCCUUAACGAAAAGGACCCAACCGUUGGCCAACCGUCCACUUGGAGAGCUACUGCCUGGGUAUGCAGGCUUUUGUUCCAGCUCUUCUGGAACACACAAAAUUUAAAACAUCAAGAUCUGGCUACGCUUCUGAUUAGUAGGAUCAGUGUGUUUGAGCAGGGCUUGAGCAAAGCCUGCAUACUGAGUGGCUCUCCAGGAGGGUUGGCUACCCAUGUCCGUAUUUGAUAGGGGGAGAGAUGUAUUCUUGUAAUCAUUCUUUACCUGCAAGAGAACACGUUUCCUGGGAACCAAUUUAUUAACAAAUGUUUUGUGUGAAUACAGUUAUUGUAAACACAGAUGUGCAGAAUCACAAAUUAUUUUGCGUACCCAAUUGAUAUUACACAAAUUGUAUUGUAUAAAUGUAUAAUAAAAAAUAUUGAAAAAA